UUCCGGAAGUUCUUUGACGCUUUGGUAAUGACGGAGCGACUGGACCAAUACGGCACUCUUUCCGGUCUCGUUCACACUCGCCGAGUUCUCCUUUUCCAAGAUUGCCUUUGACCCCGGAAGUGAGGUUUUCCGCGUACCUUCCUCCCACCAAGAUGGCAACAGCAGAAGACGAGUUACUGCCACCGCGGCUUCCCGAGCUGUUUGAAACCAGCAAGCAGCUUCUGGACGAAGUGGAAGUAGCGACUGAGCCCACCGGUUCCCGGAUAAUCCAAGAUAAGGUGUUCAAGGGACUAGACCUCCUUAAGAAGGCUGUUGAAAUGUUAGCACAGCUCGACUUGUUCAGCCGAAAUGAAGAUUUGGAAGAGAUUGCUUCCACCGACCUGAAGUACCUGCUGGUGCCAGCAUUUCAAGGAGCGCUCGCCAUGAAACAAGUCAACCCCAGCAAGCGUCUAGAUCAUUUGCAGUGGGCUCGAGAACACUUUUUAAACUACUUAACUCAGUGCCAAUACUAUCAUGUGGCAGAGUUUGAGCUGCCCAAAACCAAGAACAACUCACCUGAUAAUAAUACUGCUAGUUCCUCCAUGGCCUAUCCUAGCCUCGUUGCAAUGGCAUCUCAAAGACAGGCUAAAAUAAAGAGAUACAAGCAGAAGAAGGAGGUGGAGCAUAGGUUGUCCGCACUGAAAUCUGCUGUGGAAAGUGGUCAAGCAGAUGAUGAGCGUGUUCGUGAAUAUUACCUCCUUCACCUUCAAAGGUGGAUUGGUAUCAGCUUAGAAGAGAUUGAGAGCAUUGACCAGGAGAUGAAGAUCCUGAGAGAAAAAGACUCCUCAAAACAGGUACCAACUUCUUACUCACCUCGUCAGGACAGGCCUCCAAUGAAACCCUUCAUUCUCACUCGGAACAUGACCCAAGCCAAAGUAUUUGGAGCUGGUUAUCCAAGCCUGGCAUCUAUGACAGUGAAUGACUGGUAUGAUCAGCAUCGGAAAUAUGGAGCAUUACCAGAUCAGGGCAUAGCCGUGACAACACCAGAGCUCAAAAGAACUGCUCAGGAACAUGAAGAUCAGGAACAAAAGGAGGAAGAAGAUGAUGAACACACACUCCACAGAGCUCGGGAGUGGGAUGACUGGAAGGACACCCAUCCCAGAGGGUAUGGCAACCGACAGAACAUGGGUUAGUCUUCCCACAACAAGACGGGACUACAGGGGCUCACACCUUCUGCAACAAGGAAAGCCAUGCUGUCUUCCUCUCCCUGGACUCCUGCUUCAGCUGUGUUCAAUGAAGAAAAAGAUGCUUAAUCUUGCUUUGUGUUCAAUAAAGUGUCAGCCAAUUUAAGUAUGUAUUUAUACUUUAGGUGAUGAGCCAGCAAUCUUGUUUUGGCAUUAUCAUCCUCAUCAUGGUGUAAUUCCAAUUUCUUAAGUAGAAAGACAAAAGUACUGAAAAAUUGCUCUGUAUAAUCAAUGGCUGUAUGAAUUAUCUUUAAAAAAAAUAAUAAAGUCCCUUCUAUUACAGGAGCCUGUGCAGAAA